GUGGCAGCGCCCCCAUAUAAAGCCUUCUCCAACCGCACUGUUGCGAGAGUGGAACGAACACUCAGGCGAGCAGAGGCGAGGGCGAAAGAGCUCGAAGAACAGUGGCGCCAUAGCCUAUAAGGCACCUCAAGAACCGGGGAGACUUCACCUUGCCGAUUUUGUGCAUUUCAAUUGUAUGUAGCCAAAGAAUCGAGUAGUCGGGGAAGUUCGAACAAAAUGGUUAGCAAAAAAGAAAUGGAUGGCAGUGAUGAUGGUAGCAAUGAGAUGGUAUCUUCUGUUUCAACCCAAGAGAACGGAAGUAGGAAUAAGAGGAAGUUUUUGUCCGAAUUCCCGUUAGACAUUCCCGUAGAUUCACCGGCUCCGUCUCUGACAGAAUUCCCGAGAUACGAGUUAUUAGAGGAAAAGCUCCAUAACACGCUAAAUGAGUUUGCAUCACUUGACCUGCAGUCUGGGCAGACUAACGAGAAACGUGAAAUGGAAAGUUCACAAGUAGCUGAUUGGGACGAUCCGGUUGCAUGUGAGCUCGAGAAACUUCUAAUAAGUAAUCUUCAUGCAGCUUUCCGGAGUGCAAUCAAGAAGAUAGUUGAAUGUGGGUACAGCCAGGAACUCGCGGAAUUGGUUGUUUUGAGGAGUGGACUUUAUCAUGGCGUUAAGGAUGUUGUCUCGAAUGUUGUUGAUGGUGCGUUGGCUUUGUUAACAAAAGAAAGGUAUUUGGGUACUAGGUACCAGGUAUUCGAGGAGUUCGAUAGCCUAGUGGAGUACGCGAUCCUCGAGAUGAUCUGUGUGCUGAGGGAAGUUAAGCCGUUUUUAACCGUUGCUGAAGCGAUGUGGUACCUCUUGAUUUGCGAUCUGAACCUGUUACACGCAUGUGCAGUGAAGGGAGAUCCAUCGUGCGAGUUCUUUGGUCAAGUAAAUCACGGGGAGAGCUCGUCUGAUACAAAGGCUCCCCAGUCGAAAACCGAAGUUUCUAAAGCCAGUUCAAACAAUCAAAAAUCACAUCUUUUGAAAUCUUCCGUUACUAGCUCUCAAAACCCGCAGUCUAAAGCUGUUGCCGCGUCUCAACUACCGAAAAACUCGCGAUUUCGCGAAGUUGCGAUGACUGGGAAAGAAGGCUCGGUGUCCCUUCUGGAGAUGGAGGGGAAGUCUUUAGGUGCCGAAGAAAAAUCCGGCGGGGCUGGUCGAAAGGGAUCGUCACUUCUUUCCAAGAAAGAUCUCCUACGGCAAAAGGCGUUUCAUUUCGAGAAGACCUACAAAGGUCGUGUGGGUAAGGGGGGGCCCUCCUUUAAGGCCAAAUUUACUUCCUGGGGCAGCAUGGUUCUCGACAAAACCCUAAAUCCUCCUCAACCCGGUUCUUCUAGUACAGCAACGAAACUCACUUCCUCUAAGAUAAUCCCAUCUCCAAAGCCCCCGGGCAACACCUCAACCUCUUCCAGUUUGUCAAGUUAUUAUACCGGUAUCCCUUACGACGAAUCUCAGGGGAAAUACGUUGCUCAAAACGAGAAAGAUGAAAAGAUAUUAACGCUGAUUUCCUGCGUUCACAAGCUAGAGAAAGAAAUCACCGAUUUGUCAGAUUGUGCAGCCGAGAAGGUUAGGAUGGUUACUCGAAGGCUGAGCAAGGAUCAAGCCGAGUUGAGAACGUUGAGACAAGAAAAAGAAGAGGUCGAAAAAUUUCUCAAGGACAAGCAAACACUGGAGGAGAACACUUUGAAGAGGCUCACUGAAAUGGAGUACGCAAUAUCCAACGCUAGUGCCCAGAUGGAGAUGGCUAACUCCUCGCUUCAUAGGCUCGAAGCGGAACAUGCCGUGCUUCAAAAGAAGAUGGAGGCUGCAAAAUCGCAUUCUCUCGAGUCGUCUCGAAAAUCCCAGGAAGCCAUGGUGAGAGAGCAGGAGGCACUGAAGAAGUGUCAAGGUGGGGAGGCCGAGAAGAGCUUAUUGCAGGAAAAAUUCUCAGCUCUGAAAUGCGAAAGAGCUAACUUGGAGCAGCAAUUAGAGAAGGCUAAGAAACGGCUAAAACAGAUCGAGGCUCUUGCAGAACAGGAAAAGAAGGAGAAAGAAGAACAUGUUAGGCAGGCCAAAUUCCUGCAGGGUAAACGAGAGCGACUGGGAGCUUUGGCGAAAAUAGAGGAGGAUAAUAUUAGAGAAAAUGCAGAAAAAGAGAUGCAGAAGUGUAAAAAUGAAAUCGACAAGCUUGCAAGUGAAAUCUCUGUACGAAUAUUAGCGUCUGAAGCUUCAAAAAUAGAGGCACUCCGGAGGGGCAUUGGCUCGGGCUAUGGUAAGUUGGGGCCUAUGAUGAGGGAGGGAGGUGAAAAGCGAGAACGAGAGUGCGUUAUGUGUUUGACAGACGAAAUUUCGGUGGUUUUCCUACCGUGUGCACAUCAAGUUCUUUGCACGCAGUGCAACAUUCGUCACGAGAAGCAAGGAAUGAACGACUGCCCUUCUUGUCGAACGCCAAUCAAGACAAGGAUCAAUGUGCGCUAUUCUCCUUCCUAGACAAGGAUCAAUCCUUCUGGAGUUUAGAGGAUGAUCCCCAUUCCAUUUUCAACAGAAAUACAACAUUUGACAUAUUCAUCCAUUUAUGUUUUUUUGGGCUUUUAUUUUACGGCUAAAAGUAGAAUACUUGAGAAAAGAUUGAGAGAAACAAACAGACAGAUACACACUAGAAAGCUAUGCCCCAGUGGUGUAAGGGCAGUUGCCUUCUAGCCUUUGUAAAUGAUUUACCAGUCAGUCCUUCAAAUUCCCUGGCAACAGUUAACAGGAAAAAACUUUUUGUUUGUGUUCUUGGAGUUAUUACCAGAAUAAAAACAAAUAGAAAUUAUUUAUACA